GAUGCUCUUCUCGCUGCGGGAGCUGGUGCAGUGGCUGGGCUUCGCCACCUUCGAGAUCUUCGUGCACCUGCUGGCCCUGCUGGUGUUCUCCGUGCUGCUGGCGCUGCGGGUGGACGGCCUGGCCCCGGGCCUCUCCUGGUGGAACGUGUUCGUGCCCUUCUUCGCCGCGGACGGCCUCAGCACCUACUUCACCACCAUCGUGUCCGUGCGCCUCUUCCAGGACGGCGAGAAGCGGUUGGCUGUGCUGCGCCUCUUCUGGGUCCUCACAGUGCUGAGCCUCAAGUUCGUCUUCGAGAUGCUGCUGUGCCAGAAGCUGGUGGAGCAGACUCGAGAGCUCUGGUUCGGCCUGAUCACCUCUCCGGUCUUUAUUCUCCUGCAGCUGCUCAUGAUCCGCGCUUGCCGCGUCAACUAGCUUCUCUCUGGGGCCCGGGAAGAGCCGGACCUUCACCCGCGGCCUUGCUUGGGCCACAUCGGAGGAGAGGGCAGUGUGCCCCGCUGAGCGAGCACUUUUCUCUCCCUGCCAGUCACUUCUGAGGAACGCGAGCAGCCUUGAUCCAUGCGAUAUGUUUCCUGUUGUUCAUGCUUUGAAUAGCUAAUCCUGAACCGAUGAGAUCCUGAGAGGGGUCCUAGCAGAAAUAGCCCUGAACUCUUGACUUUGGAACUCUCACACUGGCAGACUGUCCCAACGAGCUCUGAGCAUUUUCUAUAGGUCUUAGAGAAGUACUCCUUUACAAAGGCAAUAAAUCUGGACUCAGGGAUUUUGUCUUGCCAGCACCACUGACCUAAAAGCUCACAGCUCCAUCUAUGCAGGCCAGACUUUGGUUCUUAGAUGGUUGAGGUCUGAAAAUAAGCAGCAGUUUGCAUCUUCUCCACUGUGCCAUCGGAGAAUGGCUCUUUCUUCAUCCCAGCCCAGAAAGAGACGGAAGGAAGCCGAAUCGAUUAUAAUAAGGACCCUAUCUGGGUAUCUGCCACCCGAGAAAAGAACUCUGGUAUCAGGCAUUGCUUGGCUUCCUAUCUCAGUAAAUUACAGCUUCCCAAGCUUCUGCCACCACCUUAUAGGCAAAUUUAGGCUUCCCUAAGAGAUUAAAGACAGAAAGGGGUGCACUGAUGCACAUAAGCACGGAGACCUACGCAUGGAAGCUUGUGGACAGCCCAGGUUUGUUGGCCAAUUUGGUGCUUGAGGCCAAUUUGGUGCCAAAUGAGAGCAUUUGCUGAGGUGAAAAUGAAAAUAAAAUAAGAAUGCUUUCCUGAAAUGA